AUGUCGCUCAGCAAUAAACUCUCCAUCACCGACGUCGAGCUCAAGGACAAGCGUGUCCUCAUCCGUGUGGACUUCAACGUCCCCCUCGAUGCCGACAAAAAAAUCACAAACAACCAACGUAUCGUCGGUGCUCUCCCAACUAUCAAAUAUGCCCUCGAACAAGGCGCCAAGUCCGUCAUCCUGAUGUCCCACCUCGGACGCCCGGAUGGUCUUGUGAAGUCCAAGUACUCUCUUGCUCCUGUUGCUGAGGAACUCAGCAAGUUGUUGGAUAAGAAGGUUACUUUCUUGCCCGACUCCGUUGGUAAGGAAAUUGAGGAGGCUGUUAACUCUGGUACUGAUGGUGCCGUCUUCCUCCUCGAGAACUUGCGAUUCCACAUCGAGGAAGAAGGAAAGGGUGUGAACGAGGCCGGCGAGAAGGUCAAGGCCGACAAGGAAAAGGUCACUGAAUUCCGAAAGGGUCUCACUGCUCUCGGAGAUGUCUACAUCAACGACGCCUUCGGUACUGCCCACCGUGCCCAUAGCUCCAUGGUCGGUGUCGACCUCCCACAAAAGGCUUCAGGUUUCCUCGUAAAGAAGGAACUUGAGUACUUCGCCAAGGCCCUCGAAAACCCAGAACGUCCCUUCCUCGCCAUCCUCGGUGGUGCCAAGGUCUCCGACAAGAUCCAGUUGAUCGAUAACCUUCUCCCCAAGGUCGACAAGCUCAUCAUCUGCGGUGGUAUGGCUUUCACCUUCAAGAAGGUCCUUAACGAUGUCAAGAUCGGAAAAUCCUUGUUUGAUCAGGCUGGUUCUGAGAAGGUUCACGAGUUGAUUGCGAAGGCGAAGGAAAACAACGUUGAAGUUGUGCUGCCCGUUGACUUUAUCACCGCUGAUGAUUUCAACAAGGACGCCAAUACCGGGUAUGCCACCGAUGCCGAUGGCAUUCCGGACGAAUGGAUGGGUUUGGAUUGCGGUUCCAAGUCCGUUGACUUGUUCAAGAAGGCUAUCGACGAGUCCAAGACCAUCUUGUGGAACGGUCCUGCUGGUGUCUUUGAAUUCGAGAAGUUCGCAACCGGAACCAAGGCUACUUUGGAUGCUGUCGUCGAGGGUGCCCAGAAUGGCAAGAUUGUCAUCAUCGGUGGUGGUGAUACCGCUACCGUUGCUGCCAAGUAUGGUGUCGAAGACAAGCUCAGCCACGUCUCCACUGGUGGUGGCGCUUCUCUGGAACUUCUUGAAGGAAAGGCCCUUCCUGGUGUCGUCGCUCUCUCGAAGAAGGAGUAA